AUGAUCAAUGGAUCGUUUUAUGACAAGGAUGUACCGCCGAUGGAGGGCGACGAGUUGUUGCUGAUCAACAUAACUUUGAAUUCAUUUCGGUUGCUGGAUAUGGAUGAAGUGGAAGAAACGAUCCAGUACCAGAAUGAGUUUUUGAUGAUGUGGUUUGAUCCGACCCUCGGCUGGGACCGUCGUCUCUUCCCAGACUAUGAUUCAGAAUACGUGAUGGUCCCAGAAGACCAGCUAUGGAUUCCGGACGUCAUCUACUACAGCACAAUCGACAGCGAGCCAAUCCUUACUCCUAAAGAUAGUCUUGUCAUGAUCCGAUACGACGGCUGGGUGAGGGUGUCGGUCCCGGCUACGAUUACUGUCCCUUGCACGUUGCGACUUCAGGAUUUUCCUUACGACGAGCAGCACUGCAACAUAACGCUCGGGUCUUGGAUUUUCACAGAAGAGCAGAUCACCGUUGUCCCAAACGAGCAGAAAAUUGUGCCGACGCCGCAAUCGAAUAUUGGACAGCUGCCUUCCAUCGAGUAUACCGGGAAUUCCGAAUGGCAACUGCUGUCGAUUGACGUGUCGCAGAUUGUGGAAGAUAUAUCCGGUGACGGGAAUUACUCACUAAUACUGUAUGAAGUGCGCCUAAAACGAAAACCGGUCUACUACGUAAUGGUUAUCCAGACCCCAACCCUCAUUAUCGGCACCGUCACGAUUUUCGGCAUGUUUACGCCGCAUAGUCAAAGAAUGGAGCGAUGGCAAACCGUCGAGCUAGGCUUGAAUAUGCUGUUAGCUAUUACAAUGAUGUUGAAUUUGGUUUCCAGCUACAUGCCAAAAACUUCGAGGUUGCCAUUAUUAGGCAACUACAUCAUUGCCGAGAUUUUUAUCUGCUCAAUAGGGAUCGUGGUCAGCAUGGUUCUUUUGGAGAUUCACUCCCGAGCUGCGCAGAGGAAUUGGCAACCUCCGGAUUGGUUAAUAAAAAUCGUGCUGUUCGCCUGGGGCAGCAAAAAGUUUGCCGUAUCUUCUGAUCCACCUCGGGACCGUCCGCCAUCACAUCAAGAAUUGUCAGAAAAGGAUGAUAUCUAUCGGCUGAAUGUGGUGAAGGGACAGUUGACACAGACACUCCACCUCGUGCGCGGCUAUAUGAAUCGGGAGCAUGUCGAGCGAGAAUGGCUCCUUCUUUGGACCCGAAUAUUCGACCGUAUCGACCUCGUACUCUUGGUCGUUUUCCAAGCGGCAAAUAUCGACCAACAACAAGAAACGAUUCACUUUUUUAAUGAGAUAGUGCUGUUGUGGAACGACCCGAGAUUAGCAUGGGAUCCGGCGCAGUUUGAAGACUCUGAUAUAGUGAAAGUUCGGCAUGACUAUAUAUGGAUACCAGAUUUAAUAUAUGACAACACGAUUGAUUCCGUGAAUUUGGUGCCUGAGCAGAUUGCAUCUGCCGAUUUGGAAUACGAUGGAACUGUGCGAAUGUCAUUGGCAAAAACGAUCACCUCCCUUUGCGAGCUCAAAUUCGAAGAUUUUCCUUAUGAUAAACAGAAAUGCGAACUUCCUCUCGGCUCCUGGUACUUUAGCCAAAUUUCCCUGCGUGCAAACAAGGAUGUUUUGGAGCCGGAUAAGGGUGUAUUAGCUGGAGAGAAUAGCGGUGGGAUUGCCUAUUAUGGGAAUGCCGAAUGGUCGCUACUGGAGAUUAGGGUUGUUCCAAAAUUUGUGCCAUGGGACUGGAAAGGUACGACACUGAAGUACUCACAAGUCGUCUAUCAAAUUAACUUGAAGCGGAAGCCGGUGUAUUAUGUGAUGGUUAUACAGACCCCAACUUUGAUCAUCGGGCUGCUGACCGUCUUGGGCAUUUUCACCCCAUUUAGUCAACGCAGAGAAAGAACACAACGGGCAGAACUCGGCCUUGGGAUGCUACUUGCCAUUUCGAUGCUGUUAAAUUUGCUAUCGGAGAUGAUGCCAAAGAUCGAAAAGUUGCCCUUAUUAGGUAACUACAUCGUUGCCGAAAUUUUUAUCUGCGCAAUAGCCACAAUCAUCUCGAUCACGCUAUUCGAAAUCCAUGCGCGGGCUGAUCAACGGAAUUGGAGGCCCCCGGAUUUACUAUGCCAAAUCGUGCUCCUCUCCUGUCGUCAACGGAAGUUGCGAAAAAUCUCUGCGCAAGUGGACCCGCAGCGAAUUGGUGCCCCCAUAGACCAUAUUCGGAUUAUGAAUGGGAGCCAUGAUGCUUAUAAAGCUCAAAAACAAAUGACACAGACCCUUCAUCUCGUCAAGCAAUACAUAGAGCGCGACCGGGUAGAAGACGAGUGGAAAUUACUCUGGAUUCGGAUAUUCGACCGUGUCGACAUUGUGUUUCUCAUACUUUUUCAGGCGGCAAACAUUGUAGCGGCAGUAAUGUUUAUGCGA